UGACGUUAUAUGAUCACCAAGUCCUAAGUUGAACCUUUAUAAUUCUGCACUCUGCAGGCAACUAUUGUGAAUCUACAAUAAUUUUCUAAUCCACAUGUGUCAGACCGUAUUCAGUUAGAUUUCUUCCAGCCGAGUGCAUUUCAAUAAAUACAUUUUAUAAUAUCUGGGGUUUUAUAAAAAUGGAUACACAGCCAGGAAAUGCAGGAAAUUCGAACGAAGCUUUCAUAAUGGAUGAAAAAGCUACAGAUUUGAACCUCAGUACGGAAAAGCCGAAUAUUAUGCUGUCUGAAGCUAUAACCGAUCCCGGCAUGGAUUUGGGAAACGAUAGUCACGGGAGAAAUUCGACGGUUCUUGCCGUAGAGGUGAGGGAAGCCUACAAGGAGUACCCCGGCAAAAAAGGGCCCUCCGUAGUUCUUAAUGGCCUUAACAUGAAAGUGAAAAAAGGGUCCAUAUACAGUCUCUUGGGCAGCUCAGGAUGCGGCAAGACGACAUUACUUUCAUGCUGCGUGGGGGUGAGGAAUCUGAACAAAGGGGAAAUCCGAAUUUUUGGACAUAAACCAGGGAGCCGAGAUGCCGGAGUCCCAGGUCCCAACGUGGGAUUUAUGCCUCAAGAAAUUGCAUUGUAUCCAGAACUGACAAUUUCUGAAAUUCUUCUCUAUUUUGGAAGAUUAUAUGGCAUGUCAAAGAAAGAGGUGAAGGAAAGCAUGGAGUUUCUGGUCGGCUUUCUAGCACUCCCACCCCCUCACAGGCGGGUUGGAUCCUUAAGUGGCGGUCAAAUGCGUCGAGUUUCAUUUUCCUUGGCGUUAAUCCACUCGCCUAGACUCUUGAUUUUGGAUGAACCGACCGUUGGAGUGGAUCCCCUACUACGGCAAAAUAUUUGGACCCACCUGGUCAAGCUUGUGUCUAGCGGGAAUACUACAGUUAUCAUAACCACACAUUAUGUAGAAGAGGCAACAAAAUCAACGCAGGUUGGUCUUAUGCGUCAUGGCCGGUUGUUGGCCGAGGAUUCACCCGAAAACUUGAUAAAAUUGCAUUCUCCAAGAAUUGGACUACUCGAGGACGUCGUUCUCAAACUUUGCCUUGCAGAUGGAGAUGACAACGAAGUGGGUCAUUCCUCCUCAGCGCCUACUUCUUCCCACGCUUCUUCCUUGGAAGACGUUCCGAAUGCCAUGAUAUCACCUCAAAACAUCAAAAACUGUAAAAAUGGAAAACAAGAACAAAAUAAUGUGAAGAAUACGACGAUGAAUCCUACAAUCAAAGUUCAGAAUUGUUCCUUGAAUUGCGAGGACAAUUCUUCGAAAACAUACUUUCCUUCGACACUAAUUGAUGAGGAAGUCUUGUCUGUAGAACUGAAAAAGGUCAUUUGCCUGAAGGGGAGUGUGGAAAAUGAAAACAAAUGGGAUAAAAAUGGCGAAGGAAAUGGGCCAAGUUUUGACAAAAAUCUAUUAUGCCUGGAAAAUAACAACUCUCCAUCCGUUGAAGAGUUGCGCAAGCAGUUCAUCCAGCAAAAUCAGAACUCUGCUGGUUAUGCAAAAAUUGGUGACAGCGUCUCCGACCGAUUUAAACACAGUGCUAACCGAAUACAAGCCAUGAUUAUGAAGAACGUGGUUACCCUAUUAAGAAAUAUUCCGUUUCUUUUGUUCAUGUUCAUUAUGCCUGCUCUUCAAGUCAUAAUUGUGUGCAUCGCGAUAGGGCCAGACCCUAAAGGACUUUCCUUUGGCCUCGUCAAUCACGAUGCUCGAAAUGCAUGUACCGUUGUUCCGGGAUGUGUUGUGAAUGAUAAUUAUACAGGAAGUCUAAGUUGUAGAUUUCUUCACAUUUUGGACCAGAAAGGAACCCUAAAAUUGAAAACAUACGAUAAUGAAGAAGAUGCCAUAAGAGAUGUAGGAGAUGCUAAGACAUGGGGAUAUUUAUUAUUUCAUGAUAAUUAUACGCAAUCGAUGAAAGAUCGUGCCCUGUUUGGAACACAGACCGAGCCAGAAUCUAUCUAUGGCUCAAGAAUAAAGUUUCGCUUGGACCAAUCGAAUUUGCAAAUCUUCCGAGAAACGGGUAAAGUGUUUCUGGAGAGUUUCAAAGAGUAUAUGAAAUCGGUGAGUGAAGAUUGUGGAAUUGAUCCAAUUGCGACGGAACCUCCAAUUUAUUUUGGACAGUCAAUCUUUGGGGAAGAUAAUGUAAAUUUCACCGAUUUUCUAGCUCCGAGCAUUCUCUUGGCGAUUCUAUUCUUCUUUCCCCUGAGUGGAAGUGGUAUCGCGUACAUAUCGGAGAAAAAGAUUGGGACAUUGUCCCGGAGUAUGGUCGCUGGAGUUACGACGUUUGAGAUCAUGAGCGCAUAUCUCGUUGUCCAAGUCGUUCUCCUCUGCAUCCAGGUCGCCCUGUCGCUGGUCAUCUUGGAAUGGGCGUUUCAGGUGAAGGUCAUGGGUCCUGUCCACUGCGCCUACAUUCUCGCCGUGAUGGUUGGUGUGGCUGGAAUGUCGAUGGGAUUUCUUUUGGCUGUAUUUCUUAAUAACGAACUAGAAGCUGUGCUUGUUGCUCUUGGGACAUUUCUACCAAAUAUGUUGCUAUCAGGACUUUUGUGGCCUUUGGAAGGAAUGCCUAUUUAUUUACAGUACUUGAGUAGAAUUCUUCCUUGUACAUUUGCGGGGGAGGCGUUGCGAUCUGUCUUCACUCGUGGGGUGGGUUAUUCCCACCCUUCGGUGUAUCCAGGUUUUAUUUCCGUCAGUAUUUGGAUCGUUAUCUACUGGACCCUCAAUAUUGUAGUUCAAAAAUAUAAAGCCAAAAAGUAAAUUAGUUAAUCUUUUUAUUUUGUUCACUUCAUAGACUUAUAUAAUAUAAAUUCACUUACUUGUUACCUACUAUCUACCCACCUAUUUCUUACCACGAAUUACUGAAUUACUAUAGAUAGCGAUGCAACGUUAAAAUAAAGGUGUAUGCAAAUUUUA